AAAAAUGCAGUCACUAACAGAUCAAGAAGAUCGCGAUGAAAAUCCUAGAAAAAAAGCCAAUAUAUUUUCUAUUAUAUUUUUUCUAUAUGCAAUACCAACAUAUCGUCUUGGUUUUAAAAAGGAAAUUGAUGAAUACGACAUAACAAAAACUUUGGAAUCACAAAAAUCGUCUUUUUUGGGCGACAAAUUGGCUAGAUUAUGGUCACUGGAAGUAAGAAGAGCACGAAAAAAAAAUAAAAAACCAAGCAUGGUCAAAGUAGUUUUAAAAUUCCUUAAAAAAGACCUUAUAAUCAUGGGAACUAUAACAUUUUUAAUGGAAACUAUUGUGAGAUUGUCACAGCCUUUUUGUGUUGGUUUGUACGUUAGAUAUUUUCUACAAACAUCACAUGAGAACGAUCCUAAUUCCCCAACAUACUUUGGAAGAUUUUUUAACUAUUGGAGUCCGAAUCAAGGACCGAUUUCGGAUGGUGAGGCUGUAUUCUAUGCUAGCGGUGUUUUUGUUACCAACAUUUUUGCUGUGAUAAUCACUCAUCCUGUCUACCUUUACACUUUGGAAAUGGGAAUGAAAUUGCGAGUAGCUUCUUGUUCUUUAAUAUACAGAAAGUCUUUACGCCUAUCGAUGGAGGCAGCUGCUCAUUCCGCUAAUGCUGUGAAUCUUAUGUCCAACGACGUGAUGAGAUUUGAUAACUGCUUUAUUUUUCUACAUUAUUUAUGGAUCGGACCUUUACAAGUGGCUUGUAUUAUUUAUUUUGCCUACAUGGAAAUACAAAUGGCUGCUUUUAUUGGAUUUGCAAUGCUUGCGGUUAUUUUACCAUUUCAAAGUUUUUUUGGUUAUUUAAUGGCAAGGUUAAGGUUUAUAAUAUCAGCAAAAACUGAUGAUAGAGUCAAGAAAAUGAACGAAAUUAUACAAUCGAUAGAAGUAAUUAAGAUGUACGCAUGGGAAUUUGCCUUUGCAGAAUUAAUUCGUAGAUUAAGAAAGCGAGAAGUAAGAGCACUAAUGAAAACUUCUAUUAUAAGAGGCAUGCUUAUGUCUUUUAUUAUGUUUACUGCUAGAACUGCUACAUAUUUGUCAGCUUGGGGAUAUGUUUAUGUUCUUGAUAAAAAAAUAACAGCUGAUAAAGUAUUUAUAAUUACUACAUACUACCAAAUUUUGCGUCAAACUAUUACUGUGAACUUUCCUCAAGGUAUAGGAGGGUUGGCUGAGUCUUUGGUUUCUAUCGAGCGUAUUAGACAAUACAUGCUUAUACCAGAAUCAGAAAAAGGCGAUCCAUCAAUAGUUGAUCCAGAUUUAAUAAACUUUCCAAAAGAAAAAAGAGAUUCCGUGGAAGUCGAGGAUCCAAAGAUUGAAAUAGACAGCGGCUACGCUAAAUACGGAGAAGUAAUUUGUUUAGAGGACAUAACUCUUACAAUGCUUCCUGGAAUAACUGUGAUAAUUGGGCCGGUUGGUUCAGGAAAAACAUGCAUUAUAAAUUUAGUUUUGAAUGAAUUAAUGCUUUAUAGUGGUAGCAUAUACGUUUCUGGUAAAGUUUCUUAUGCCUCACAAGUACCCUGGUUGUUUGCUGCUUCUGUAAGACAGAAUAUCGUUUUUGGAAAAGAAUUCGAAAAAUUUAAAUACUAUGAAGUAGUUAAAGCUUGCUCUUUGUUAAGAGAUUUUCAGCUUUUGCCAUACGGCGAUCAAACCAUAAUAGGAGAACGUGGUGUAUCUUUAAGUGGUGGUCAAAGAGCCAGAGUUAACCUAGCAAGAGCUGUAUACACAGAUGCAGACAUAUACUUAUUAGAUGACCCACUUUCAGCUGUAGAUACUCAAGUAGGACAAGCACUAGUUGACGAAUGUUUAAUGACAUAUCUUAAGGGAAAAGUUGUCGUACUUGUUACACACCAACUGCAAUACCUACAAUACGCCCAAAAUAUAAUAGUUAUGAAUGAAGGAUAUAUAGAAGGUCAGGGAACUUAUGAAGCUUUGCAAGUCAGUGGAAUAAGAUAUACUGAACAAAUGGCACAACCAACAGAAGAAGUAAAUGAAGAUGACCCACCCCAAAUGGCUUUAAAACGUAAAAGUGCAUCGGUCUCGGAUAUUAGAGGACUUAUGGCAAGAAGCUUACAUACUCUGGAGUCUGGUGUUGGGGGUGAUAAAGAAAGAAGUUUCAAGGAAGCGCCAAAGGCUGACGCCGAAGUACAUGGAACUGGAAAGUUAUCAUGCAUGCUGUAUUUACAAUAUUUUCAUGCUGGUGGAAGUUACCCUGCUGUUGCAUUAAUGUUUUUUAUGUUCCUGGCAGCUCAGUUUUUUGCAAGUUUUGGAGAUUGGAUCUUUGCCCAAUGGGUACUUCUUGAAGAAUAUACCUAUCAUUUGACAAAUGAAAAGGAACCAUUAUUCUCAUUUUAUACAUUGGAUAAGUUUACAGAAAUAUACUGGGGAAUCAUAGCAGGAACUUUUAUUGUCGUAAUUUUCAGAGCCAUGUGGUUCGUGGGAAUAUGUAUGAGGGCCUCUAUAAAACUGCAUGACCAAAUGUUUAAAAGUGUAGUACAUGCUAGCAUGAAUUUCUUUUAUACGAAUACUUCUGGUAGAAUACUAAACAGAUUUUCUAAAGAUAUGGGAUGUGUAGAUGAGUUUUUGUUGCUUGCUUUUCUGGAUACUUUUCAGAUAUUAUUAAACUUGGUCGGUGCUAUAUUUGUACUUUUAUUCAUUGAAUGGCUAUUAAUAAUACCAACUGUAGUAUUAGUCCUUUUAUUCGUAACAUUAAGAUGGGCAUACUUAAAAUGUAGCACAAGUAUAAAACGUUUAGAGGGAACAACCAGAAGCCCAGUUUUCGCCCAUUUAAAUGCCUCACUUCAAGGAUUGCCAACUAUAAGAUCAAAUAAGGCGGAACAAAUUUUAGUACAUGAGUUUGAUGAUUUACAAGACAUCCAUAGCAGCGUAUGGUUUAUGUUUCUUUAUACUUCUCGGAGUUUUGGCAUGUGGUUGGAUAUUUUAUGUACCAUAUAUAUUGGUGUUAUCACAUAUUCAUUUAUGCUAUUUAGCCACAACACGGGCAGUAUUGUUGGUUUGGCCAUCACCCAAUCAAUUGGCUUAAGCGGGCUCAUACAAUUGGGUAUGAGGCAGUCUGCCGAGCUUGAAAACCAAAUGACUGCUGUGGAAAGGGUUUAUGAAUAUAUUAAUAUUGAACAUGAACCAAGUUUAGAGUCGACAAAAAGCAAAAGGCCCGAUGAUGCUUGGCCUACGAGAGGUCAAGUAAACUUUGAGGAUGUUUCAAUGGCAUAUAAAAAAGGAGAACAUAACGUGCUAUCCAAUUUAACUAUGGAAAUUCGGCCUAAACAAAAAAUUGGAAUAGUGGGUAGAACAGGUGCAGGAAAAUCGUCUUUGAUAAAUACUUUAUUUCGAACUGUUAAUUUUGAGGGUACUCUGCUUAUUGAUGAGGUUGAUAUAUCAAAAAUUGGUUUGCAUGACCUUCGAAAAAAACUUUCUAUUAUACCUCAGGAACCGGUUAUUUUUUCUGGAACUUUACGAUAUAACCUGGAUCCUUUUGAAGAAUACAACGACGAAUCUAUCUACAAUGCAUUAGUAACAGUCGAAAUUAAGAAUGCAUUAGUAAAAGGAAUUGAUUGUUUAUGGGAUGAAAUGAGUGAACGAGGUGUUAACCUAAGUGUUGGACAACGUCAGUUGGUUUGUCUGGCAAGAGCUAUUUUAAGGCGGAAUAAAAUACUAAUAAUGGAUGAAGUAACUGCUAACAUAGAUCCACAAACUGACAAAUUUAUUCAGCACACUAUAAGAUCGAAGUUUUCAUACUGUACUGUUCUAACAAUUGCCCAUAGGCUACACACUAUUAUUGACUAUGAUAGGGUUUUGGUGAUAGACGCUGGUGUUUUAAUGGAGUACGAUCAUCCACAUAUUCUCCUUCAGAACGAAAACGGUUUUUUUUUCAACGUUAGUAAGGAAAACUGGACCACUAAUGACAGAAAAUUUAAAACAAAUAGCUGCCGAGAAUUAUAAAGAAAAAGAGCAAAGGAAACAGCAAGCAAGGUUUAAAGACGAGGAAAAUUUAGUUAAAAGCACUAAAUAUGAUAAUGAAAAUGAAGAAAAUCCUAAAGAUACCCCCGAUGAAAACCCCGAUGAAAACCCCGAUGAAAACCCCGAUGUAACCCCCGAUGAAAACCCCGAUGAAAACCCCGAUGAAAACUCCGAGGAAAACCCGGAAUAAAAUUUUAUCGAUAUCGAUAUUUAAGUUGCAAAAUAUUUUAUUGUCAUAAGA